GACAGUGACAUGCUCUAUUUAGUUAAGUAACUUGCUAAACUACCCUGACAUGCUGGGUAUGCAGACCAACAUGCACAGAUUGCAGAAUGCAGGCAGUCCUAUUGAUAUUCCUUCUAGUCUGGGCAGUCCCAACUAUGCAUACCAAGAUCAAAACUAUCAGAAUGUGAGUACUGCAAUGUACCAAGAUCAGGGAAACCUUAAUGUUGGAUUAACCCCAGAUCUUGGAGAUUAUUAUCAGCUGAAUGAGAUGACGGAAACUGUGAACAAUCUUUCAGAGACUUUAACGCAGAAUAUGAAUAUUCAACAACCUGUUCAACAACCUGUUCAGCAACCUGUUCAACAACAACAACAACAUCCAGACCGGAGUGCGGGUAAAAGAUCACAGAAGGAUGCUAACUUAGAAUCUGGUUCCCUUCAGCUUCCCUAUCAGCAGGCCAAGACAGACGAGAGUAAACCUAACUUGUCCCGGCAGCAAUCCUCCUUAAACACUCCGACCGUUAGCGAGCAGUUGACCUCGAGUUCCUCGAUCAAUAUCCACGCUAUGAACCUGGCGGGGGGAUCCUUAAACAGCUUCUAAAUCUCUUUCUCUCGUAAACUAUUUUUGAUUUCACAAAGAUAGAACAAAAUAUAGUAGAAAUGUAUUUUUUCUCCUCAAAAUGUGAACUGUGUUCUAAAUAUAGGAUUUGGGGGACGACUACAAAACGCUCCCAGUUACUACAGUGAGAAUCAGAAAAUUAUGAAAUAGGACGACGAAAUUAUAGCAAUACUUAAGUGUACAUAUUUGAUGUUGUUACGAAGCAAAUAGCUUUAUAAAAGUAUCUUUUACAAUCUUGGUCUGUUUGCACAAUUGGUGUGUCUAAUGUUCGUUUGACAAUUUAAAGCCAUAAUUAACGUCUAAAAGUCGUCUUCUUAUUCCAAAGUAUUCUGGUUCUCACUGUAGUGUAGGCUACAGUAAGGCCCAUAUAACUAAAAAACAGGAAGAUGACAUGUUUGUUGUUGAUUUUGUUUUGAAAUUGUUUUACAAUUAGAUUAAAAUCAAGUUAUAAAGUGAAAUAGGUCUGUGGUAGCUGCACAAUUUCUGUGUUUCAUGUUCAUUGGUUUUUUAAACCCACAUACUAUUUAUUCCACAGUUUCAGGAGUCCAGCUAAUAAUAGAAAAGUUUUAAAUGUUUGUACAAUCAGUGGUUUUUUAUAACUGGAUAUUUGCAUUUUCCUUUUUAUAGACUAUCAUGUAAGCAUUAUGAUGAAACUUGUACAAAAUGUAAUUUUUUAUUAAGAUAUUGUUUUAAAUAUUAUAAGAUUUUAUUUAUAGUUGCUAACUACUUAUAUGAACUCGGGUUAAAGUGCCUUUUUAAAAUAUUUUUUUUAAUAUUUUAAAUUCCCAUAAUUUUCAAGUAAAAGUUAUUUAGUUUUUUUUUAAUGCAAAGUUAGUUUGGAUCGUUCUUGUUCAAAACAUAAAUGAACUAUUUAAUAUAAAAGUCAAGAAAGGCUUAUUUAAAUAUUCUAAUGCUGGCAAAUUGUUAUAAAUUAUCGAAGCUAACGAAAAGUAAAAUAAAGAAUUGCAUUUCCAAUGGUUGAAGGCGGAAGAGUUAACCA